AGUCGUCCGCUCACGUUAUCUCGCGGAAUUUUAAAUUUGACGGGCUGGAUUUGCGCGCGCAAUGAAUCAGGCACCAGUUUCCUGUCUCCCGACGAACACGAAAAUGUCGAAGGCGAAAAAGGUACUGGAAGAAGCUCGGGAAAUCCAGAAUCCCGAGCUGGAUUUGGCUGACAAGGGCGUUUCUACCUUCGAGGACAUGCCAGGCCUAUUAAAUAUGACAUACAUCACAAGACUCACUUUGAGCCACAACAAAAUUAAAUCCGUACCCCCAGGAUUGGCCAAUCUAACAAACUUAGAAAUACUAAAUUUAGCGAAUAACUUUAUCGAGGAACUACCCAUGUCUUUAUCAUCCAUGCCCAAGUUACGGAUUUUGAAUUUAUGUAUAAACCGUCUUUAUACCCUUCCGAGAGGGUUUGGUGCUUUUCCCGUUUUAGAAGUGUUGGAUCUUACGUAUAAUAACCUGAAGGAGGACAGUUUGCCCGGAAACUUCUUCAUGAUGGAAACUUUACGUGCUUUAUACUUAGGAGACAAUGAUUUUGAAUAUUUACCUCCCGAUAUAAAAAAUUUGAAGAAUUUACAAAUACUGGUACUGCGUGAAAACGACCUCAUCGAGUUACCGAAAGAAAUCGGUGAGUUAACCCGUUUAAGGGAGCUCCACGUCCAAGGUAAUCGCCUCACCAUUCUACCGCCUGAAAUCGGUAAUCUAGACAUGGCUUCCAACAAGUCGGUCUUCAAAUUCGAAGGAAACGAAUGGGUGGCGCCCAUCGCCGACCAAUUGCAGUUGGGCGUCAGCCAUCUGAUGGACUAUUUGAGAAGCGAGACAUACCGCAUAUUAUACAGCAGGUUGGCAACAAACAAACCGCCUCCGCCGCCACCUUGCGCGGAUAAAGCGAAGAAAAUCUCAAGAACUCGUUAAAUUGUCUUACGGAAAUAAUCUCACACCCCUAAUACUGCCUUUACUAGUAAUUAAGAUUAGUAUUAAUAUAAACUAGAGAUGGGCACUUUUCGGAAAAGUGUGUUACGGACAUGUCCGUUGGACAUGUAGAUGAAAUGUCCGGACAUACCGAGAAAAGUACUUUUGACCUUGAAUCUAAUAAGGCACCUAUGAGUGACGUUGUUUACACAGGUACACAAAGCAAAGAUAUAUUUUACUUAUUACCUACCUUUAGACUUUUUUAUAAACUGAUUUCUAAUUUUCCCCGGACAGCCAAUACACUUAUUUAAAUGUUUUUCCAUCCUACUGUAAUUCUUAAAAAUUGUUUUUGAGCAGAAGUUAUUUACAAUGAUUUUUGCUCAAUUCAGAAAAAUAUAACCAAACUGUUGAUUUUGGCGUCAUACUUCAUUUAUAAACUAUUUGUGUAUUAAAUAUUUAAUUAAGAAUCAACUGAUACUAUUUGCUAAUCGUUAACUUUGCCAAAAAUAAUAAAAUAUGGACUUAAGAGGUUAUAUUUUUAAAACGUCAGUUUCAGUUAAACAAUUGCCAACAAAAUUACAAGAAAAUGGCUAAAUAUCUUUAAUUGUACAUGUACCAACCUCAAAAAUUUUUUGCGGGAAUUAUGAAUGCGCAUACAACUUCUCAAUCUUGAAAGGUGAAAAGGACUUGUCCACUUUUCACGACAUGUCCAACUGACAUGUCCGCGACACAUCUCUAAUAUAAACGUUAUUUUAUUUAAUAAAUAGCGGAUUUUAUAUUUAAAAUUAAUUUUUAAUAUCGCUUAACAUUUUUUUUAAA